GCGUCCCCUGGUUCCCUCUUACGGCCAAGAGUGGCAUCUGGGUGGGCUGGAGGAAGAGAGCAAGAAGCCGAGAGGAAACGCAGGGGAGGAGAGCAGAGAGCUCCAUCGAGAGAGCAGCGAGUAAGACGCAAACGCACCGGAGAGGAGGACGCUGCUGCCUCGCUUAGGCCAUCGUGAUUGGAUCAAGAGCGAAACGCAGACUACCGGAAUGGACACGCUCCAUCUAUAUUUCGCAUAAUGCUCGACCACUGUGUUCAGAUGUGCAACUGUGUGUGCUGAACCCUGAACCGUGACCAGCGCAUGCUCUAUGACUGACCUCCUGUCAGCGGCUCUAACUGACUGCCAUGAUGAUGUCAGUAGACGUGACCAAUCGCAAUGGCCCCUCCGCCAAGCCUCCAACUUCCCUCAGUUUACGCUCCUCUCACAAUCAGCUCCUCAGCAGUGACGUCAUUAACCAGGGCUCUUCUACUCCACCCAAGUGUCGCAAAAAAUACGCGCUCACAAACAUCCAGACUGCCAUGGGCCUUGGGGAGGCGGUGCCACCUUCAUCAUCACCCUCUUCAUCAUCACCUUCACAACUGUUGACCCCCAACAAUCCCAAACUGGCCAAGAACGGUGUCAACCAGCUUCGUAAAGCUGGUCAGGAUCACAAUAAAAAUACUACAGACCUCAAUGUUACCGACCUUGAUGGUAAUCCGGAAAUCAUAAAUGAAGAGCUGAGCGUUAACACUCCAGAGGUGUCUGAAGGUCACAUGGGGGAUGUUGUCGAGCUUCACCCAAACGGUAACGCUGACCCCGAGUCGGACCGAAGUUCAGAAUCAGAGAGCGGCUGCAACGUCAACAAGGACGCUGAUCUCCAACUCAAUGGCAACUCUGGAGAUAUUGUUUAUGACUUGAACAUUGAGGCGGAGCAAAGCGAUGACAUCAGCGUCCUGUCUGAGAAGGAGUUGAAGUCCCUGAUGAAGGCUGAGGACCAUGACGCGGCGGAGGAGCAUGAAGACGAUGAGAAGAAACCAUUAUUGUUGAUCAAAAGCGAGUCUCCAGUGAAUACAUCAUCCAAUUUGGAGAUCAUCUCAGACCUCCUAUCUAAGGACUCCCCUGUGCCCCCACCACCUUUCCCACCCAGACGAGCCAGCCCAGAGGACACACCCUUACUCUCGGUGGCCUCCUGCUCCUCCUCUUCCUCGUCCUCUCCAGAGACUAAGAAAGACAGAAAGACCGGUGCAAAGACGGACUGCGCUCUGAACCGUAUCCAGAACAUGAACCCCAGCGAUGAAGAGUUGAGUUGGACCACUCUGUCCCAGGAGAGCAACUCCCCCGAGGAGACAGAUAUCUGGAAUGAACAGUCAUUCCAAACAGACCCGGACCUGCCGCCCGGAUGGAAAAAGAUCACAGACAUGGCGGGUAACUACUACUGGCACAUUCCCACGGGCGCUACCCAGUGGGAGAAACCCGUCAGCCACCCCGCACCCUCUGGACAGACAGAGCUCCAGGCGGCAGUUGUCCACACAAGCUCCACGCCACGUAAACAGUCGCUAGGUUCACUCAGCCCCUCCCCAACUCCUGACCAAGAGGCAUGCCAGGCUGAGGUCUUCUUCAGGGGCUCCACCCGUUCUGGGAGCACCACCUCCGACAGCUCAGUGGAGCCUCUCCACGAACACAUCCUGCCCACAUGUGGAUUUGUCAACAGCUGCUAUUAUCCUCGCUCUACAUCGCUACAGGGGAUGUCAGAUCAGGAGUGUACCCCCGAGCAUCAAGAAGACAAAGACAAGAAACACACGUGGGGUGAUUUUGGCGGAAAGAUUGAUAGUGAGGUGUGGAAGGACUUGCAAGCGGCCACGGUGAACCCUGACCCCAGUUUAAAGGAGUUUGAGGGUGCAACGCUUCGCUAUGCAUCAUUAAAGUUAAGAAACCGUCCAGCAGUGGAAGAAGACGACUCCAGCAGUGGCAACAGUGACCCACAAUCAAAGUGUUUUGCAGUCCGCUCUCUGGGAUGGGUGGAAAUGGCCGAGGAGGACUUGGCCCCCGGCAAGAGCAGCGUGGCUGUAAACAACUGCAUACGACAGCUGUCCUACUCUAAAAACGACAUCCGAGACACAGUCGGCAUCUGGGGCGAGGGGAAGGACAUGUACCUCUUGCUGGAGAAUAAUAUGUUGAACCUGGUGGACCCGAUGGACCGCAGUGUCCUUCACUCUCAGCCAAUCGCCAGUAUCCGCGUCUGGGGUGUGGGCCGCGAUAAUGGCAGGGAUUUUGCAUACGUGGCACGAGAUAAAAAUACAAGGAUCCUAAAAUGUCACGUGUUCCGCUGUGACACGCCCGCCAAAGCUAUUGCCACCAGCCUCCAUGAGAUCUGCUCCCGGAUUAUGACGGAGCGAAAGAAUGCCAAAGCGAUGGCAGGAGGCUCUCUCCAUGACCGGAUUCAGGCAGGACUAGAUCUCCCUUUACAAGAAUUCCCCACACCAAAGACUGAGUUGGUUCAGAAUUUUCAGGUGCUCUACCUCGGAAUGAUGCCUGUUGCCAGACCCAUAGGCAUGGACAUUCUAAAUGGCGCAAUAAGUAGUCUAGUUGGUUCUUCCAACAAAGAGGACUGGACUCCAGUGGCCCUCAACGUGGCCGAUGCCACAGUCACCAUCAGCAAAGAUGAGGAUGAAGAGGAAGUGCUGGUGGAGUGCCGUGUACGUUUCCUGUCAUUCAUGGGCGUGGGACACGACGUGCGUACAUUCGCCUUCGUCAUGGACGCCGGAGGCCAUCGCUUCGACUGUCAUGUCUUCUGGUGCGAACCCAACGCCGGAAGUGUGUCUGAGGCUGUUCAGGCUGCUUGUAUGCUGCGGUAUCAGAAGUGCUUGGUGGCACGGCCGCUUUCCCAGAAGGCCUGCGGCUCGUCACCGCCGGGCGACUCUGUGUCCCGCCGGGUCUCGACCAGCGUCAAGCGGGGCGUCCUCUCCCUCAUCGACACCCUCAAACAGAAGCGACCCGUCACAGAGUUACCGCAGUGACCGGGAAAGCACCGAGCGCUACCGACUUCCCCGGCCUUACCCUGCACCCGGUCACCAUGGUAACUAACUACCCGCAUCGCUGCAGAAAGUACCAUGGAUUCCUGUAACCAUGGUAACACAGCCAAGACCCUCCGGAGUUUGGUCAUGUUUCACCCCCCCCCCCCCCCCUUCCCGCCAAAAGCAAACCCCAAGACUCAAUCAUGCUCAUCAGUGUGAACGUAUUUUCAAUGUGAGACGGCAAAUUGUGAAAAGUGUACAUAGAAGCGCCUCGCAUCCCCCUCAGGACGGGGCAAGAAAGACGCCACGGCGUCGAUUAGCUGUCGUUAUUGCACGUGCUGCAGCAUGACCUCGCACACUCGGCCAAGCUUGUUUCCACCCACCUCGUCAGCGUUUGAUGGCGCAUCACCGAUAGACAUCAGUUUCACAUAGACAUCAUCUCGAGCACUGAAUUAUACGUCACCGCCCAUUUGGGUGUGGAAAGAGUCGUAGAGAUGCAGUUAUAGUCUUUCAUGCUAAAUAAAAUAGCAGAUUAAUUGAUGGGAUAAUUAAUUCUAAAAAUAUUUGAUAGUAGUCUGUCUGCCUCAUCCAAUAUGACGAAAGCAAAGAUUUUUCGUAGAAACGAGUCAACCUGCAACAGGCGCUGUCUAUGUACUUAUGUCUAUGGUCUCUCCCCCUUGCUCUCACACCUAACAGGCCAAAGACUGUAAAAUGCGGCGGUUAAGGAAGUAUGACCAUGAUCGCUUCAAUGAACGAGGAUGUGAUUUAAAAAAAAAAAAAAAACAUGCCUUCCUCGACAUGAUCCCGCAUGAAACUUCCUUUCCUAAACAAA